AUGGAGCAGCAGCAGCAGCAUCAUCGACAGCAACAGGAGCAACAGAAGAAUCAGGAGCAGAAGAACCAGGAGCAGAAGCCGGCUAAAUUUCACUGCCAGUUUGCGGGUUGCAACCGCUCGUAUCUUAGAAGUGAACACCUCAACCGCCAUGCCUUGAUUCGGAGCAUUCCUCUGUUAUCUGUGCCAGAGGAGGUUUACUCGAAACGUAACUACAGUGACCUCCUUAAUGCACAUCUACGGCGCCAUGAGAAACGCAAGUCUACGUCUGAGAGCGUAGAGCAGCCUUCUACGACUUCGGACGCUCCAUCUGGCGGCCAGUCUGCUACUCUUGCGCCUCUGUCACCAUCGCCAUCGACGAACCUGGCCAUCACCAACAGCUCCCCGUCAGAGACUAAGCCCGCAACCGCCGCUGCAGAAUGGCAUCUCGACCAUCAGAACCGUUUCGAUGGCCCGGCAGGCCAGCCUCCUGCGGUCUACAGUGACGUUGCUCGCCCGCCCGUCUCUCAUUUCCCGGCAAUGGCUCCUCUUACGCUCCCCUCGCCUCGAACCGACCCUACCAGCCAUGUAUACAGUAACCAUAAUAAUCAUAGCCACAGCCAUGUUUCACCCAACGGGCAGGCGAGCACCCAUGCUCCCCAUAACUCCAUCAAUCAUUUACCCCAGCUUAUGAGCCAGCAGCAGCAGCAGCAACAGCAGCAGCAACAGCCAUAUCUGGCAAUGCCCACACCCUUUGACGACUAUCCCUGGCUCUUCCACAGCACCAGUCUCUUCGACCUGCCAUCUGACGAUUAUCUCAAUCUUCAUUUCGGUGAUACAACUGACCAUACGUCGCCUCCAGACAUAUACCUUCCGUCUAUCGGUUCUAACUCUCCCCAAUACGAGGCUCCCCAGAUAACCACCCUCGACCAUGGGAAGAUACUUAGCCAAUGCUCUGACCUCGUAAACACACCUUUAAAGGACCCUAUCAAAAUGAACCAAAUUCUCCAUCUGGCGCUAGAUUACUGCGAUGUAUACAUGCCCUUUUUCCAUCGACCAACAAUUAACCUCUCACGACUACCGUCUGUGUUACUCCUCGCCUUGUGUAGCCUGGGUGCUUUUCUAAGCAAAACACACGAGUUCUACGAGUUGGGGAAAUUGCUACAUAAGCAUGUGUGGUCUCAAACAAUCGAGAAACCACUCAUGAGCGCAAGGGUUGAGAUGCCAUUUAUCCAGACACUGGUUGUCCUCGAGCAUAUAUGCACGUAUGCUAUGGCGCGGCAUGAGCAUGAGAUGUCAGAAAUUGUACAUAGUAUUAUUGUCACGCUUGCACGGCGUAAUAAUCUCAUGACAGAGAGCCCCAACCGAGAAGGAGGCACUCGACAAUCCCCAGAUGUUAAGUGGAGGGAAUGGGCACAGCGGGAAUCAAUCAUUAGGAUAGCACACACCAUCUUUGUCAACGAUGUGCAGUAUAUGGUCUACUUCUCACAUCAUGCCUUGCUUUCUGUUGGUAUGAUGAAAAUACCACUUCCAAGCCGCCAGUCACUCUGGGAUGCACCCUCUGCUGUAAAAUGGGAAGAGGAAAUGCGUCAGCUUAAAAAAACGAGCCGAUCGAGGUACCUUAGCCUGGACUCUGCCGUCCAGUCAAUCUUGUCUAUAAAAGAUGCAGAUCAUAUGCGCGAAGUUCUCCUCUGGCACAACACUCCUAAUCCUUUGUCACUACACAUUAUUAUCCAUGGAAUAACUUCGGCGAUAGGGGAUGCAAAAUAUCGAUCUGUAUCUUCUUCCAGUAGCUUAGUUAUCCGCGAAUUACAGAGACUGGAAUUUGAUAGUGCACUGGCCUACUGGCGAGAUCAAUUCGACCACCUCUCAGGCCCAGAUCAGCGGUGUCCGCUAUCGUGGUGUGCCUUGGUUAUGUAUGACUUCUCUGCAGUGCUACUGCGGAAUAACUUGUCAGACAUUCAAAUGGCGGCGGGAAGUGCCUUCUCCUCAGGCCGAACAGUCACCCCACAGGUUGCACAAGCGGCAUAUACUCGUCUAGUCUCGACAAAUCCAGUCUGUCAUGAUUCGUAUUUACAUGCCCUCGAAGUGGUCGGCUUAUGCAUCGAAGAGGAACCGGGGAGCAGCAACGUUAAACCCGGCCUCGGAGUUCUAUUGUCACAGCCCCGGCCAUUAUGGCAGACCUACUGUGCAUUCCUCGGGCUUCUCGUUCUCUGGGCUCGUGCCCUGGGCCUGGAAAACAAGGAUCAACCCCGGAAUGCCUCAAGAGUCAGGCCACAACAGUUCUCCCCGCAACUAGCUCCAUCCACUGCCGCAACCAUUUUGGCCAAUAUGCACCAUCGCGAACAGGCACAGUUCUCUGCCGCCUCAGUUGAAGUCCAGGUGCUUAAGAGCGAGCUUAGAGAACUGAUUAGCACAGUCAGCGAACGUCUAUCGGCUAGCUCAUGGGAGAUAUCACAUGAAGCCGCUAGAAUCUUAACUUCCUUAGUUGAGAGGGAAGGCCUGAACUAUCAUAGAAGGACAAGCUCUCUUCUACAAAAUCCCCGGGAAUGA